UCCAUCGCCCCGCGUAUCCAGCCUCGUGCGCCCUGCUCUACGUUGCGCUCACUUCCCGGCCGAGCCCCGUGCGCCCUGUUCCGGACCCCACUCUGCGCUCACUGCCCGGCCGUGCCCGUGCGCCCUGUUCCGGACCCCACUCUGCGCUCACUGCCCGGCCGUGCCCGUGCGCCCUGCUCCGGACCCCGCGCUGCCCCCCGGGAUUGGAGUGGACGCAUCCCCCAGCCAUGGUGAUGGAGGAGGUGCUGCAGCUGGAGAGCGCGGAGCUCGCCAGGCUGCUCCGAGAGCCCGAGGAAGCCGGGCGCACGCUGGUGCUGGACUGCCGGCCCUUCCUCGCCUUCUGCCAGGCUCACCUGCGGGACUCGCGCCCGGUGCGCUGGAACGGGCUGCUGCGCCGCAGAUCCCGCGGCAGAGCCGGCGUCAGCCUGGACUGGCUCGUCCCGGACAGGGCGCUGCUGGGGCGGCUCCGCAGAGGCGAGCUGUCCCGCCUGGUGGUGCUGGACGAAGCCAGCGGCUCGGUGCUGGCUCUGCGGGCCGACAGCCUGGCCAGACUGCUGCUCAACUCCCUGCUGCUGGAAGCGAGAGCCAGGCCCACGCUCAUCUACCUGCUCCGAGGGGGAUUUGAUGGUUUCCAAGCCCGCUUUCCAGAACUGUGCUCUGAGCCACCGCCUCCUCCUGCCUCCUUGCCAGCCCUGAUAGACCCCAAAGACGACAGUAACGCCAGGACCAUGACUCCUUUCUACGAUCAGGGUGGCCCUGUGGAGAUCUUGCCAUUCCUCUAUUUGGGCAGCUGCCACCACUCCUCCAACAAGCAGGUGCUGGAGUCCUUGGGCAUCACAGCCGUGCUCAAUGUCUCCGCCAGCUGCCCCAACCAUUUUGAAGGGCAGUUUCGUUACAAGAGCAUCCCUGUGGAGGACAACCACAUGGCCGAGAUCAGCAUCUGGUUCCAAGAGGCCAUUGGCUUUAUUGAUUCCGUGAAGAGCAGCGGUGGGCGAGUGCUAGUCCACUGCCAGGCUGGCAUCUCCCGCUCGGCCACCAUCUGCCUGGCCUACCUGAUCCAGACCCAGCGGGUGCGCCUGGAGGAAGCCUUUGACUUCGUCAAGCAGCGCCGCGGGGUCAUCUCACCCAAUUUUGGCUUCAUGGGACAGCUUCUGCAGUUCGAGACAGAGGUGCUGUGCCAUUAGCUACUGCCUAGCGGGCACCUCCCGCCCUCUGGAGCAGCCAAAGACCUAGACUCACAGUGUGUUUCCGUUUACAGCCCCAAGGGGGUGCUCUACCCAAACAGUAUCACUCAUGUAUAUUGCACUAAGAUGUCAGAGGAUACCCCUCUGCAACCUGUACAGACACCUCGACCUCCCCGGGUGAAAGCCCCCAUCCCCGUAUGAAUGCGUUGGACCCUUGAAUGCGAAAAAAAGAAGAGAAGAUGGGCAAGAUGCAAAAAAGGAGUGAAACUCUGCUUUUCCAGACGCACUGAGAGCAGCCGGGUGGCCUUGUUCCUCACACUGGGACCAUCUGAAGGUUAUGUCCACUUUAUCAACCCCCCAGCCUCUCCCCAAUCCCGGUCUUAAAAGAACACAGGAUUGAUUUGUCCCUAUUGGUUUGUGGUGUGAAAUCACAGCAGGUAGCUUCAGAGCGAGGCCGUUUACAAUGUUAAUUAGGGCAAAGUGCUUCGUUGUUUUUCAACGGGGCCCAAUCCUGUUCCCAUCGAGCAGGAUCAGGGCUCAUGUCAGAUAAUUCAGUACAUUGCCUGAUCUUUUUUGAUCCACAACUUUCUGCUCCAGGGGACAGAAGGAAAGACAAAAGUCCAAAUUUUCUGCUGGGAAAAACUCCACUGAAGAACCCACAGAGAAUUUGGUUCCUUUGCUACCAUACCACAAAAAUGACUUGCACAGUUUCUCCUUUGAUUUCUCUCUUGCCACCCAAACAUCCAUCUAGAACCCUGUCUGAACCGUGCCACAGAGUUUAAUGGCUGAUGCAGUGGGACUGGAUUGAUGUAAGAAAGCAGAGUUUGGUCUGUAGUGAUAAAAAAAAAAGAGUUUAAACGUUUUCUUGGCCAGAGAUCUUUCCUUGAUCAAGUCAGCCUCAUUGACACGGAAAAUCUACUCUGGCCCAGAGUGACAAAUAUACUGAAUCAUUAUGACCAGAUUAUAUGAACGGUGGAUUGUGAUUGUCCACCAGGCCCCAGCCUCACUCCUGAGAGCCAGUAGCCUUUCUUCUUUGCACCUGAAAACCCGCUGUAAUUCACUCCCUGCUCAUUUUUAAAAUAUGCUGUGGAAGUGGGUUGAGGAUACUUGAUUGCAGAUGAUCCAAUCCUUCCUCUUGGAUAAUGUGAGCCUUGCACAGCACCUUCUCUCUCUUGGGGGAGAGGGUGGGUGCCCAUCUCCCAGCAGAGAUCUCCUCUUUUGAAUGCACUGAGGGACUUGAUAAAACUUGCCAAGCCAAAGAACCCUCCUGGAGGGCUGACUUCCUCAGCAGCGCUCUCUCUGACAGUGCAGAGCAAUACGGUUUCGUGCACUUGCAAACCUCUCGCUCGACUGAAAUUAAUGUAUAGAGCUGUUGGAAAUGUUGCACUUUAUAUUUAUAUAAUAUCCCACCGAGUUGGUUUGAACGAUGUUUCAAUUAAA